AAAUACACACAGUCUCACACACACAAUCGAAGCAAGGGAUCGCGUAAUAGAGUGGCAUAUUGAAGAAGAAAUGUGUGGAAUAUAAUCGUUUAAACAAGAUCGAUAUAUGCACACACACACAUAUAUAUAUAUAUACAGAUGUGUGUAUGUAUAUCUAGUGAGAGAAAGUUAUAGAGAGAGAGAGAGUUUCUCAGUCAAUAGUCGCCGCCAUUUUUGUUACUGUGAAGAAGUUUUGGUUUUUGAUUGGAAGAAGUUUGUGGAAGAAUCGGUUAAUGUGAACCGUUGGAUCGGUAUAUUUUGAUUUGUUUUGUUCAUCAGACUCUGAAUUCAAGUAUCUUGUGUUUUGAAAGCUUUGGUAUGCUAACUUUCAUCUUUAAAGACAACACAAUGAGGGGCCACAUCUAAUGAUUCAUUUGUGUACCUGCAUUGGGGGUUCAACCUCAACUAUUAGUUCAAGAAAAAGACGCGGUGGAACUACUGUAUCCUGCAAAAACUGUGGUGGGAGACCUGCGAUUGAUGGGAAAAGUUCUUCGGGUUGCUUGCUUAGCACUGUUUUGGAACUAACUAGUUUGAUUAAUUCAGACGUUACUUGGACAAAGAUUUCAAAGGGGUGUAGGAGUUCAUCAAGGAGACCUCGAACGUCAACUUCAAAUACGGUUAAUUUUGCUUGCGGAGGAUUGGUAAACAACGAUUCACCAGAUUUAGAAAUGCCUGUUUCCGAAUCAGAGAAGUUGGGAGUAUCGGUUCUUGAGUGUCGUUUCAGUGAGAAAGCGGAACACAUUCCAAUCAAGAAAAGAAGAUUUUUAUUCAAGCCGUCAUCUCCGACACAUAACAUCUUUAAUCCACCGUCGGAUGGUACAGAAACACAUGAAACAACUCCCAAGUUAGAUGCAAGUGCAAAUACUCUUUCUGCUACGUCUGGAGCAGUCACUGAAACGUGUGAAAGUGGUAGUAAAGAUCAUACACUGGAUCAAAACAAGUUGGUGAAGGAUGACGACUUUUCUGGCAUAUCUAUACUUGCUGCUGCAGCAUGCAGCAACAGUUUGGGAGCUGAAACCGAUCGAUGUGAAGGGUCUACAGUUCUGUCAUCUAUGAAUGAUAGCGUUCCAAAAAAUGUUGAAUUUAACGAAACCAAUGUGAAAAAAGAACCUGAUUCCCAUACAUCAACAACGUUAACAACGCCCUCUAAAGUUGAGGAAUCAACAUUGAAUAAUUCUUCUUCACAUGCCCCUCUGGAACCAGCAUUCAGCAAACCGAAUGAAGAAGAACAAAGCAUGCAAACAUCUCCUGCAAGAGAUGUCCGAUUUAGCUGGGAUCUAAACACUGUUAUGGAUGCAUGGGAAGAACCAACUGUGAAUGAACACGAAGUUUCUGCAUCAGAUGCUGCAAAUAACAAUGCGACAUCUGUCGAUGAGAAAAAGGACGAUUAUACGAACGACAACUCUGGAAAUUUACCUGUUGAGUUGAAAAACUUGUCUCAUGAAAACAAGGAGUUAAAGGUCGAAAAAUGUGAACCAUUGACUCAUGAUUUUGAAAUUGCUCAGAGUGCUGUGGUUGUGAAAACAGAGUCUAUGCAUGAUAAGCAUACAGAUAGUGGCAGUGUUGACGUACCUGUUACCAGAACCCUAGCCGUUGAGAACCCGACACAUGGCACCUUUUCAAAGUGGGCUAAUCUCUCUGGUCAAAGUUCAGGUGGUUUUAGCGGUACUCCGGCGGUCAACACCAAAUUGUCAAUGGACUGUUCUGUACCCCCUGGUUUUGAUCAUUGUUUUAACAUGAAUAAACAUGAGUUAUCGCUUAACACAGCAACAUGUACGAAAAAGGAACCCCAUCAAAGUGGUGUUACAUCUAGUAAAGUUGACGAUGAAGAUAUGACGAAAAUGGAGUUAACUAGCAUGGUGGUUGCUACAGAGGGCAUGGUCAACAAGGAAGAAACCGAACAACCUGCUGCAGUUUCUUUCAUGCGUGAUGCUGCUCAGUCUGACGCUGACAAUGGUUUUGGUUAUGAUAAUUCUCAGAGUGAUAUUCGAGCGGUUAGCGGGAUUGAAAAAGAUAAACUAGACGAGGGUUUUGAUUCCCAAUACGAAGACGGAGAACUAAGGGAAUCAACUAUAAAUGCUUGGAAAGGAUAUGGGUUGACCGAGGGUCAAAAUGAAUACGAUAUGACCAAGAUUGAAGUAAGUGCCAAUGAAAGUAAUUCGAAAAAUAUACAAGCAAAUUCUACAGCGAUUAACGAAUCUCCUGAACCCAGACAUGGGAAAGAAGUAGAUUUAACACCCGGUGCGGUUUUGCCUGAGAAACUUUGCAGUGGUGAUGAAGCAUUAUCUGGUUCAGAACCGAAUGAGAUCAUUAAUCAAGAGAAGAGUGGAAGACAAGAUAUUGUAAGCCAAUCAGACGAGUGGAAGAUGAACGUUUCUGGAUGGGAUCAAUUGCCUGAUAAUCAAAGAACAAAUUCAAAUAAUUUAAUUAGAAUCCGAAACUUCACAGCUCGAAAAUUCUCAUACAGGGAAGAACAAAAAGAUAAAUUCGACACUGAGGAUGUGGAAAUGAAGGCGGAAGGCUCGAGAUUCUAUAGAAAAGACUCAUUAACGCGCAUUGGAGGACCGUCAACGCGCGAUGUGUUUGUUAGCAGGGGUAGAUUCCAGAUGCGCAGUUCUAAUGAUGAUGACGGUUUAACGUCUAGACCAGAGCGGGAAUCAGGUGCGUUACGAUCGUUUGGUAGGGGAAGAUACUCGCCACCUAGUCGUGGUCGUGGGUUGUGGAAUCGUUCUCCGGAAAGGAGCAGGGACGGUGGUCCGUCUUUUCAUCGGUCUAUCCUAGACGAUUGCGGAGCUAUGGAUAACAUGGCUAACGACGGCAUGGGGUUAAGUGAUACUGGAAGACAUAAUACUUCAUAUGUUACUCGACGACCGUUCAGAAGCAGGUCGCCUAUGAAUCAGGAAGCAAACGAGUUCCGUGCACGUUUAGGGUUAAGACCAACUGGAGACACGGGUCAUGAUAGGUUUGUGAGUCUGAGCCGAGGCAGGGGACGUGGUCGGCCCAUGAGAUACGGUACGCGACUUGAUGAUGAGGGACCCAGGGGACGUUACCAUGGGCCCGCAACCGACGAAUGUGAUGAAUUUAUGACGGAAUAUUCACAUCCUUUUCGUCGCCGAUGCUUUUCACCUAUAGAAAGAAGAGGAAAUAAUAAUAGUUAUCAACAUCACCAAUCUGAUUCAAGAUCACCACCGUCUAGACCCCGAACUCGUUCUCCAAUUGGUAAUGGCGUUUUUAGACGUCGUAGUAGAUCCCCGAGUUUCAGAACCGAUGGUAGAAUCCGACGUCCCAGAUCACCACCUGUUUAUCGAGAUCAUCCAAGUGAGUAUAAUUCCGGACCACGAAACAAUAACGCAUCACCACCAAGGUCCAGAUGGGUGAAUUACAAAGAGCGGCCCGUUUUCAACAGAUCACCUCCACCUGGGCGGGCCGAUGGACCACCCGGAGAAAGGUUUAGUUUUUACGAUUCUUCACGGAAACCAAAGCAGAACGAGUACUACAGAUCAGGACAUUCCGGAAGAUUUUCAGACACCAACGAAGGGGGGAGAGGCAGGCCCAGGUACGUGAGUAAUGACGGUGAUGAUCGGCCCAAUAACGGUUACAGGCGUGGGGGUUUUGUUAGGCGGUACAACAUGGAUGGCCCCAACAGGCGGUUCCAGUAUGAUGAUGAAGACGGAUUUGGUCGUGGUUUUGAUGCCCGUGACAGACAUGCUUUGGAACAACAUGCUCGAUCUAACCCCAACCCUAACGCGAACCCGAGCACGAAACCCGGAAGUGACGGAACAGAUAGCAGGUUUCGUGACUUUCCAAGGCGGCAAAGGGACGAUGGUGGUGAGUUUAAAAGGCGGUCGAGAGAAGGGAAAGACCCGAAAGAAGAAAGUGAACAUGUAACGAAUGAUUUUGAAAGAAGGCCUAAAGAAGUGAAAGAUCAAUCUACUACUACUACUACCCCUGCUAGUACUAGUACUACUAACCUUGAUUCCGUGAUCCCUAACGAUGUGGUGAAGGAAGGUGAUACUCGUAAACCAGUACUGGGAUCUAACUAAAUCAUGUUACGGUUCGUGCUUGUUACCCAUAUUAUAUUUUAGGGAGGAAUACCAUACCAUACCAUACCGAGACUGAACCUUGCCGAAUUUCUUCUUUUUCAGCGCCUCCUGUUAUUGCUGGCUUGGUUUUAAUUUGCAUUCUCAGAUUAGUUUAGUGUUGGUUUUCUUGAAUACCCUCCUAGAGGGCUGUUAGUUUACCCUCAAAUUAAUUAUAAUCAAAAUUUCUUUCACUUGAACUUUUU